GAAGGUUCUGAAUUUCCAGUCAAAACUUCAUUACCAUUGUUUAAAGAUUUACUUUAUUCUUUAGCUACGUAGGUAGCUGUGUGUCGGUAGGUGAGUGUAUGCAUGUGAAUGCCCAAGACCGAGGCCGGAAACACGCACUGGAGCUGGAGUUACAGACAGGUGUAAGCCACCUGAUGCAGCUGCUGGGACCUGACCCCAGGUCCACUGGAAGAGCAUCAUGUACUCUUCGAUUGCUGAGCCGUGUCUCCUGCCCUCCAGUUAGAACGUUUAAGAAUUCGUCUUUGUGCUGAUGUCAGAUUUCCACGCUGAGGCCACCAGCCUAGCUUGCGGCAGAUUUCCAGUCCCGGGAAUUAUUACUGAGCUACGAAGAGAGGUCUCAAAGAUGUCCUGCAUGAAAACGGCCUCUCGCUGCUGAGCUACCAGCUGUGCAGCUAUCCAGUGACCCGAAAUGUCCAGAGGCUGCAGGAGGUGCAGACCUCACACACAGCCUAUGUGCACUGUGGAGCAUGGAUCCCGUGGAAAAAGUGUCCCAAGACCGUGUACCGGACCCAGUACCUGGCUGUGGAGGUCCCUGAGUCCAGGAAUGUGACCGACUGCUGAGAGGGCUUUGAGCAGCUUGGCUUCUACUGUGUUCUGCCCCUGAACCGGUCCGGAGAGUUUGCAUCAAGACCUGGGGUCUGCCCAACGGCAGAACCAGAGUCACCUAGCCCACCGUGCAGCUUGGACACUGACUGCUCCGGACUUCAGAAGUGCUGCUCCUGGUCAGGGGUCCGCCGCUGUGUGGCCCCUGCACCCACAGGUGCAGAGAGGAUCCCAGUGAGCUGGUACAAUGUGACUGUGUUGGUGAAGAUGGGCUUCGAGGACCUGCAGCGAGAGGACCCUGGCUUCCGGAACCACACACGCCUGCUCUACUCUUUGGUCACCAGUGCCUUGCGGCCUCUGAACGCAUCUGUACACUACUUGAACUCCGCUGGUGGCAGGGACACCUUCACCACGGUGUCAUGGCUGCUGCUGGGCCUUCCACAGUGCUUGACAGUGGCCAAUAUCUCUGCCACGUUGGAUGACGUGGUGAAUCGAGUCUAUGAAGUGGUCAGCAUCCAGGUGCAAGAUGUGAAUGAGUGCUUGCACAGGGAGCUCCAUGCCUGCUCUGGAGGAGAGCAGUGUCUGAACAUUGAGGGCUCCUACCAGUGUGUCCCUACCCACUCGCCGAACUGCACAGAUGAAGGUGACACGGUGACCCCCACAGGAGGUGGACAGUCUGUAACAACAAAAGUCUCAGCCCCAGCUGUCACUGUGGAAAUAACAAGCCUUGGCCCAGAGGCCCUCACCUUUUCACCCAGUCCCAGACACCCGAGGAGCACCCCAACAGGAAGUCAAGCCUGGACCCCAGGGCCUCCAUCUAAGAGAGGCAGUAGCAGCACAGCCAGGCAGGAGACAAAUAGCGCAGGGCAAGAUGUGGAGCUGCCCAGCACAGCCCCGAGCCCCGGAACAAGCCCCGGAACAAGCCCCGGAAGUUCCAGCAGCAUGUCAAGCUCCUUUCCCAGGACUCCAGAGCCAACCCACGGUUCCCUUCCGAAGACCACAGUUGUCCCACUGCACGCCACGGGAGGGCCACAGGCAAACCUCACUGUAGACCUUCCCCUUGUGACUGCUUCAUCCACGGGCUAUGUUGCAUGGCACCCCAGUCCCACUUGGGAGGCACCCCCUCCGAACUCCACAAGACUGCAGAAUAAAGAUCCUCGCCCUUCCCUCUUCCCAGGUCUGCCAUCGGCUUCAACCCCUGUGGCUUCAGAGUCCCCUGCCUGUGUUCCUGGACCCAUUGGAAAGGUCACCGUCUCCAACAUGACCAGUACCGGCUUCUCCCUGGAGUGGUCAGCAGACAUCAGCUUCUCCCCUACCUUCUACCUCACUUUGGUCUCUCCUCGGGGACCCGCCCUAACUAUGGAGACCCGGGACAAUAACGUGACCUUGUCAGGGCUGGAGCCUGGAGCCUUGCACCUGGUAGAGAUUGUGGCCAAGGUGUGUGGGAAAGAAGGUGCCAGAAGACAGCUGAGAGUGCGGACAGUGGCCCGGAAACUUGCCGGUGAAGUCCGGAUAGCAAAUAUUCGGUAUUCAGAAUCCUUCCGAAAUGCCAGCAGCAGGGAGCACCGAGACUUGGUACAGCUAUUCUUCAGGACGGUGCGGGACUCCUUACCAGCCCCUCUGUGUCAGCACAUGGAUGCAGGCAGGAUCCGAGUGGACAUCGUCAACAUCACAAACGGCAGCGUCGUGGUGGAGUUUAAUUUGCUAAUAAUGGCAGACCUGGAUGUCCGGGAGGUGUCCGCUGCCUUCCUCACAGCCCUGCAGAACACAUCGGUGCUGGAGGUGGACAAAGGCAGAACCUUUAUACAAGACUACGAUGAGUGUGAGAUGAGGGAGGAUGACUGUGAGCCUGGGAUGUGCAGAAACACCUUCGGAUCUUACACGUGUAGCUGUGAUGGGGGAGACUCACAUGUGGAAUAUUCUGGAAGAUCCUGCGAUGGUGGCUCUUCUAGCAACACAAUCCAGACCCCAGGCCCAGAGUGGCUCCCUACCCCAGCAGGAACCAGAGUUGACCCUGUGCCAGAUGCCAGCUCCGUGCCCCAGGACCCACCCCUGCGGCUGAACCUGACUGACGCGGUUGGAGUGUCCUGCGAGAUUGAGACGGUGGUCAUUACCAUCCAGAAACGCUUCCUGCAGCAGGAAGCCAUACCCGAGGCCUCCCUGUACCUGGGGGAGCCCUCCUGCAACGUGAGCAAGAGCAACAGCACGCAUGUUUUCCUGGUGGCUGGCUGGGGCCAGUGUGGGACCCUCGUGCAAAGCAACAUGACCAGCACAGUGGUGACGACCACACUGAAGAACGACCUGUCCCCAGAGGGUGUCAUCCACCACCUGCAAAUCCUCAGUCCCAUCCACUGCGCCUUCCGCAAUGACCUUCUGACCUCCUCAGGCUACACCCCACAGUGGGGGGUCUACACCAUCAUCGAAGACCUCCACGGCACUGGGAACUUCGUCACUGAGAUGCAGCUGUUCAUUGGAGAUUCUCCCAUACCUCAGAAUUACAGUGUGUCCGCCAGUGAUGAGAUCAAGAUUGAAGUGGGGCUCCACAGGCAGAAGAGCAGCCUUAAGGUGGUGCUGACCGAGUGCUGGGCCACCCCCUCCAGCAACGCCAGGGACCCUGUCACCUUUGGCUUCAUCAAUAACAGCUGCCCAGUCCCCAACACCUACACCAGCGUGAUCCAGAAAGGCAACUCCAGCAAGGCCCAGUUCAAGCUGAGAAUCUUCUCCUUCGUCAACAAUUCUAUUGUCUACCUGCACUGCAAGCUGCGAGUGUGUAUGGAGAACCCCAGGAACUCAUGCAGGAUAAGCUGCAAUGACUUCCGGCUGCUGAGAAGCAGUGAAGCUGAGCACCAGAUGUCCUGGGGGCCGCUCCAUCUCUCUGAAGGUGAACCUGCACGUACAAAGCCAGGCCUGGGGACCCGUUACAUCAUUAUCAUUGUGGUGGCUGCAUUUACUGUGGUGGCAGGGGCUACGACCCUUCUGAUCUUGCAUUACCAGAGAAUGAGGGGCAAAUACAGUCUCAGAAUCCAGACCGAUGACUUCAGCUACCAGGUGUUCGCUCAGUAGGCGGCCCAGCUGAUCAGGAGACGGGGCACACUGUAAAUAAGGUCCGGUGAUUAAUUCAUCAAGCGUUGGCAGGGCUCCACUCUGGGCAGUGCUGUGUCAGCCCUUGGGGAUGAGCCACCAUGAUGACAACCACCUCUGUCUGCCCCCAAGAGGCUGAAGAUGCAGAGCCGAACCCACCAGGCAGGUGACAGAUCUGCUGAAUAUGUGACAGGGUGCUGGAGUGGCCCUCACCCUCAAACCUAGCACAAACCCGGCCCCUCCAUUACCCAAGCUGCCGUUCAAGCUGUCCACAGGACUCUUGCUCCCCAACAAUUGCAUGACACUCACGUCUUCGCAGACAUUUGACAGUGCCUGUGAUGCGCCUUCAUGAAUGGACCCAUCUGGUAAAUUCUCCACUGUCACUGUCCCUAUGCAAACACUCUAGGCUCUUCUUCUCGGCACACGCCUUUCACUUAGGCAGUGACCCAAGAAGUCCUAGAAGAAUAUGGGAAGCUUUCUGAGCGAUAAUCACGUGAUAUGUAGGCACCAUUCACAUCCAUGGCCAUUUAUCAUGGAAUGCCGUGACGGGGAAGGGACAACUUACCCAGCACACCACAGGGAAACAGGGAAGGGAUGGGGAGGUAUGCACCAUAUGAACAGGCCCUCUGCUUGAUUGAUUUGAAAGACCAGAAUUGGUUAGUUAACACCUAAGACAAUAGUGAGGUUAGCAUUACAAUGGGGUCUUAGCCUUUAAUUGAUAUGUGUAAUUCUGUCGAGUGUGGUUGUCACACAGAGUAUUUAGGGGAAUGGGUUUUCUGAUUUAUUGCAUAUUCUGGGAUUAAGAAUGAUGACCAGGAAUCUGUGUGGCUAGCUGAUUUCGAGCAAUA